AUGAAUAAGGAUACCAUUGAUAUAGAAUUUAUUGAUAGUGAAGAUGAAUAAAAAAAUAAUUAAAACUCAUAAUAAUAGAAUAAAUAAUAGAUAAUGCAAUUAGAAGAAGCUCCAUCUCCUAAUAUAUUUGCUGUUGUCAUCAUUAAUUAAUAUAAAAAUUAAAUUAAACAUAUUAUUUCAAGAUAAGAUGUUAUUACAGCUAUAGAAUACAUUGUCAAAAAUAUACUUUAAGGGUCAAUGGUAAUUUAUCAUUUAAAAUAAAUUAGAAAAAAAUAAGACCUACUGAUGUUAAAAUAGAACCUAUUUUAUCUACUUAAGUGCAAAAGGCUUGUUGUUUAAUAUAAGUUGAUGAAAACAUAAUUAAAUAGUUAAUAGAAUUUUAAAUACCUUUAUAAUUUGGUGAUAAAGAUCCAUAGAAGGGAUUGACAGUGGUUUAUGAAUUUAAAUUUUUUCAAUUUAAUGAAUUUGAUAAAUGUGAUUUAUUUAGUAAUGGAAAGUUUGUAAAGGAAUUUUGUGUUAUUAGACCAUAUUAAGAGACUUAAAGAUAUACAUCUAUAAUUGUGGCUAUUAAUAAAAUGGAUUAAUAGAUUUAUGCAAUAAAAAAAGUGAGAUUAAUGGGAGAAUUCAGUUGGCAAAGAUUAUUUUAUAAUUAGAUUACUUAAAUAAGAGAAGUUAGAGCAAUGUUAAGACUCUAACAUCCAAAUGUAAUUAGAUUAUAUAGUUGGUGGGUAGAAUAAGAGAUUAAUUAAAAAAAUUAAAAAUAUUUCUAUCUUUAUUUACAAUAGGAAUAUAAUUCAUUUUUAGGUUGUAAUGAUUUAUUACAAUUUAGUGUGAAUCAUUUAUUAAAUUUACCUUUAGAAUUUAAAAGAAAGACUAUGAAAUCUUUAAUCCAUUAAUUAAUAACUGGAUUGGAAUAUAUUCAUGGUUAAGGAUUCUUUCAUAGAGAUUUAAAAUUAGAGAAUAUACUUGUAACAAAAGAUAAUUUUGGAGAUGUUGCUUUAAGAAUUUGUGAUUUUGAUUGGAGUAAAACACAUUUAAAUGAUGAUGGAUAAAAAGUUAAUUGGUUAUAACUUAGUAAAGAUUGUGGUACUGUAGAAAUGAAUAAUGGUAUGCAAAAGAAAGGAAUAGCUUAUGAUGCAAAAUAAGAAUUAUUCUAAGUUGGAAUUAUAAUAUUAGAUCUUUGUAACCCAACACCAAAUAAAGAUGAAAGAAUUUAAAUGCAUAAAGAUGCUAAAAACAAGUAUAAAUAUAUUCCUAUAUCUUAGUAUAUUUAAACCACAUAUAUUAUAAGAUUAUUAACCUGAAUUACAAAUUAUUUAUGCUUUACUAAAAAUGGAAUUUAAAUCAGUAUAAGAAUUAAGAACCUCAUAACUAUAUAAUAAAUAUAUGGAAAUAUGA